AUGACUCCUACGCCAUGGGGCAGCCCACCCACCCAUGACUAUUACUGUGGGACACCUUACUUGGGGGACCAGGGCCAGACGAUUAACGACGUGAUUACGGGAAUAAUAUUCUUUGGAACACGAUUAUAUAUGCAAUCAACAAGCAAUGCGUCGGGUGAAGCAGAUUCUACUGCAUUGGUGGUGCUCAAUACCAGAGCUGUUGGUGGUUACAAGUCAGUAAGUGAGAUGCUCAAACCUGAUGCUAAGAUGUUGUGGGGGAACCAACUCACAUUCCUGCACAUUCCUAUACCCAACCUAACUGUUGCUGAAUCUUCAGACCCGCUCAACUUCAUUUGGAAAGCACAUCAACUGAUCAAGAGAAAAAGAAACUCUUUUGCUUUUCACCUCACCAGCAUGUUCCUGGAGACAUUGAGAAGACUAAGAGGUCCACAGGCAGCCUCUUGGUACGUUUAUAACUCUUUUAAGAACACGAGCACAGUGAUUUCCAAUCUGAUCGGGCCAGUGGAAAAAUUGGCUUUGGCUAAUCAUCCUGUUAGUGGCAUGUACUACACGGUGGUCGGAAGUCCGCAGGAUCUAACAAUAACAAUGGUGAGUUAUAUGGGAAAGCUUUGGGUUGCCAUGGCAAUGGAGAAGAGUUUCAUAAACUCCCAUAAGUUGAAAGCAUGCAUUGAAGAUGCCUACGAGAUGGUGCUCAAAACUGCAAUCCAAAAGUCCUCUCCACAGGGUGCUGCUGGGAACUAA